GUGUUCUAUGCAAUAAGGACCGUACAACCCUUGUCACCGGGACCGGGCACCUGCUGAUCAGUGCUGGUCUCCUGUCAUUGUACGGUCUCUGUCCAUACCAUGUGUCCUCCUGUCUAAUCCAUCCCCCUCCUCCCCUCUCCUCACGUGACCCGACUCUCCUGACAGCUCCCCUGCGCGUACCCGCCGCUCGCUCCCGCCUCCCUCUUGCUCCUCUAGCUCUGCGGACCGAGGAGACACCGACACCGGGCAGCACCACCAGGAUAGCAACGGCCAGGUUGACCUUACUCCAGGAUGUCUGAUCACUACCAGGAUUACGAUGCAGUGGGGGAUCAUGUUGCUGCUGACGGGUCCCCUCGUGAGUUUGGCUCCGGAGGGUCUGCCAUAGACGAUGCUGCCCAUGGCCAGGAGGGUGUCAUCCGGCUGCCAUCUGCACUACAACAUGGAGAUGACGGGGCCACAGUGCUAGAGGAGGAUCUAGCCAAUGGAGAAGCACUAAAAGAACAGGGUCCCACUGAGAUCCCUGAGGCUACCACCGCAGAGGAAGCUGGUGUUGGAGAUACCCCCAGCCGAGAGGACCAGGCUGCAGGGGAUGCAGUCAAAGGUACAGUCACUGAAAUUAAACUCUCAGCAGCCACAGGCGAUUCGGAGGCACAGGAGCUUUCUGGCAGCUCUCCAGAAACAGAAUCGCAACAGGAAGUGAUGGACACUUCUGAAACUUCCGAUUGGACCAAGAAGGAAACGCACCCACAAGACUAUUGCGCUGUUACUGGAGACACAUACGAAGAUAUCAGUUCAGGGUGGACUGGCAUAAGUGGUGAGGUUACAGAACCUUCAGAAAGACCGGAUAAACUGCAUGACUUAUCCAGGGGAACGAAUGGCAAAGAAUAUGAUCAAGAUGGUUGUGAAGGCAACCACAUCUCAUGGGAGGAACGCAGCGACGAAGGUGGAGAGUUGGAGCAGGACAUUGUUUGUUCUGGAGGCAUUGGGAAAGAGUCACCUCUUGUUCUAAAGCCUCAGACAAAUGGUCUAGUGGUUGAAAGCUUUACGGCAGUGGAUGCCAACAAGCUGCUUGAUGGUUCUGUUUUCCCUGAACUGACCGAUAAACGGGAGGAUGGAGGAGAGAAGCCAUAUGUUGACUUGGCAGCUGGUACUUUCUCUGCAGAAGAUCAGUUGGUCCUCCCUCGCCCACGGCCCUCUGUGUCUGUUUACCAAGUGGAGGUCGAUGCCAACAGAACUAUAGACAGUGAGAACAAAAUGGAACCAUGUGAAGCUGCAGGAACACCUAGUGAAGAAAUCUCAGGACCGCUUUCUGCAGUUAGCAGUGAGACUGUGGUGGCCCCCAGAAAAAGAAUCUCUCCACAUGGGUCUGGAAUACCUGUCAGCCGUGUUCCUGUUUUCAGAGCUCACGAUCAAGAAAAGCACGAACUUGAUUCCCAGGAAAAAGCAGGACAGACAUCCUCAACUCCAUCCCUUGCCAAACACUCUGCAGCCCGAAGCUCCACCAUCCCCAAACGAUCCCCUUCCGCUAGCACAGCCACCCAGAAAAAACCUUCCAGCCCCACAGUCCCUCCCACGAGGAGCCUUACCCAGAGGGCAUCCCCAGCCUCGUACCGCCCGCUGAGCACCCCUUCACGGGCAAAGGAUGGAGUUGAGAAUGCAGGGGGUAAGCCGGCUCCCAGAGGACCCACCAGCACAUCCAGAAUCCCUUCAAAGACACCCACAGCGGUCCCAAAGACCCCCCCUGGUGGUAUAGGAAAAGAUCAGAGAAAGGUGCCAUCCGGCCUGGGAAAAGCUGAAUCCCCAAAGUCUGGCGACAGAAGUGGAUAUAGCAGCCCCGGAUCUCCCAGCACUCCCACAGGUCGUUCCCGCACAGCAUCACAGAUGGUAUCCAACCGGGAACCCAAAAAGGUUGCCGUUGUGCGCACUCCUCCUAAAUCUCCUGCUUCUGCCAAAAGCCGUCUUCAGCCGGUCCCAAGCACAGCGCCAAUACCAGACCUGAAGAACGUCCGAUCCAAGAUUGGCUCCAUCGAUAACAUCCGGCACACGCCAGGAGGAGGCAAGGUCCAGAUUGUCCACAAGAAAGUUGAUGUCAGUACUGUUCAGUCCAAGUGUGGAUCCAAGGAAAACCUGAAGCAUGUCCCUGGGGGAGGAGCAGUGCAGAUCACACACAAACCAGUUGAUAUCUCACGUGUUACAUCUAAGUGCGGAUCUAUGGGCAAUAUUCAUCACAGGCCAGGUGGAGGCAACAUAGAGGUGAAAUCAGAGAAGCUGGAUUUUAAGGAGAAGGUCCAGUCUAAGAUUGGCUCACUGGACAAUAUUACUCAUACACCUGGCGGAGGGACAAGAAAGAUUGAGUCCCACAAACUAUCUUUCCGGGAGAACGCAAAAGCCAAGACGGACCACGGAGCAGAGAUCGUGUACAAGUCUCCCAACCCAUCCGGGGACACCUCCCCCCGCCGUCUCAGCAACGUUUCCUCUUCUGGCAGCAUAAACAUGUCCGACUCUCCGCAAUUGUCCACACUGGCCGACCAAGUCUCCGCCUCCCUCGCCAAACAAGGCUUGUGAUUUGUCCCUCCCCAAAGAGAGAGGAGGAUGAUGGGAGCUGGAGGGUGUGAGGGACGCAUUCAACGUAAAAUAAAGGGGAAAAAAAAAAAAGUAACAAAAAAGAAAAUCCCACACUCAAUGGCAUAAUUAAACUGGGCCUCUUGUAUACUUAUUUAUUACACUUCCCAUCCUUGGAAGACCAUCUCCACCCACUUAGUAGCAGAGGGGAGAAAAUCUUAGGUGUAUAUUCUUUUCAUUGCUCCAGAGGCAAAGAUGGUAUUAAACAAGGUUUAUGUAUA